UGAUAUCAAGCUAUACUACAAGGCCAUAGUAAUCAAAACAAUAUAGGCCCAGCUCCUGGGGCGGCCAGGGGUCAGGCACCCAGCGUUCUGAGCGGGAAAGAAAAGUUGACCUACUGCUCUGGCUCUGAUUCUGGGCUCAAUUGACUGGGGAAGCCCUGAGGGCCUUCUGCCCUCCUAUAUCUCGCCAAGCCACCCUGGCUGUGGGCACCUGUGCAGAGCGGGGCCGCUGGGCGGCCACGUGAAGGUCAUGUCGUCUGAUCGGAGCCGGCUUCACAAGAUGCUCCCAAGGAGCUACGCGGGCGCUGGACUGCCGGCCCUACCUGGCGUUUAUUGCCUCCAGCUUGCGUGGCUCGCUCAAUGUCAACCUCAGCUCAGUGGGGCUGCGAUGGGCAGCGCCACUGGCAGAAGCUGAGCAAGGAGAGUGCCACGCACAGCCUGCUCACCUUGCUGCUGGCCUGCCUGCCGCCCCAGGUUUGCUUCCUCAAAGGAGGAUAUGAGACUUUCUACUCAGAAUAUCCUGAUUGUUGCAUGGACAUAGAACCCAACUCAGAAGAGAAGAUUGAGACCGAGAGAGCCCUUAUCAGCCAGUGUGGGAAACCAGUACUCAGCAUCAGCUACAAGCCAGAUUAUGACCAGGGCGGCCCAGUUGAAAUCCUUCCAUUCCUCUACCUUAGAAGUGGCUACUAUGCAUCCAAAUGGGAGUUUCUCGCCAACCUGCACAUCACAGCCCUGCUGAAUGUCUCUUGGGGAACCUCCGAGGCCUGCAAGAGCCCCCUACACUACAAAUGGAUCCUGGAAGACAGCCACAAGGCUGACAUUAGCUACCACUUUCAAGCAGCAAUAGACUUCAUUGACUGUGUCAGGGAAACAGGAGGCAAGGUCCUGGUCCACUGUGAGGCUGGGAUCUCCUGUUCAGCCACCGUCUGCAUGGCUUACCUCAUGAAGAUCAGGCAGUUUCACCUGAAGGACGCCUUCAAUUACAUCAAGCAGAGCAGGAGUGCAGUGUUGCCCAACUUUGGUUUCAUGGGUCAGCUCCUGCAGUAUGAAUCUGAGAUCCUGCCUUCCACACCCACGCCCCAGGCUCCCUCCUGCCAAGGAGAGGCAGCCAGCUCUUUCUUCACAGCCCAUUUGCAGACACUGAGCCCUGAAGUGCAGGGUUCCUACUACACAUUCCCUACCAUGGUGCUGGCACCAGUGCCCACCCACAGGAGGGUCUCAGAGCUCAGCAGGAGUCCCAUGGCCAAAGCCACAUCCUGAUAAAACUGGAUAGGGGAACCACCCAGCCCCAAGAACAAUUGUGAUUUUGUUUUUUAAACUGGUGGACAUUUCAUACCUGUGCAAUACUGAAGACCCCCCUCAUCCCGCUGCCCCAGUAGGACAGCAAGGGGUCACCAGGCUUGCAAACAAACUUUAGACUGACCUUGGGGAUAGGGAACAAAGGAAGGCCAAGCCAUUAUUAGAGCACAGCUUGUGCUGGCUACUGUACUUCCAGACCCCCCUGCCCUCUCAGGACUGUCCAGUCCUGGCACCUCAAAGUUCACCUUUUCAUUUCAAGCAUAAGGCAAUAAACACCUGCAGCAACAUGGGAGAAAGCAGCUGCUAGACCGGGAGAAAAGGCAGUUAAGAAGCCAAUUCAUUCUGAAG